GCUGCAAGCUCGUGGAGUACUUGAACGAGCUAGAAGCUCGCGAGUUCCGGGUUUUCAAGCUCCACCUGGAGACCUACCCCCUGGAAGAUGGCUACAAGCGCAUCCCCCGCUCCAAGACGGAGAGAGCCGACACCACGGACAUAGCUCGAGCCAUGGUCUACGCUUACCAGGAGCACAAAGCUCUGGAGAUGGUGGAGAAGAUCCUGGACGGCAUAAACCGGAAGGAUCUGUCGCAAAGGGUCAAAAACGACAGGCUGGAGUUUUUCCCAGACAGCGAGGAGGCAGAGAACGAGAAGCUGGCCUUGGACAUGUGCGACCGCUUUUUCGGGACCCAGAAGAGAGAGGUGACCCUGGACCCCGACACGGCCUUCCCCACGCUGCUCAUCUCCCAAGACCGGAAAAGCGUCAAGCUGGGGGACCGCCCCCAGUACUUCCCCUUCAACGCCGAGCGCUUUGAUUUCCGCCCCUGCGUGCUGGGGGCCCCGGCCGUCUCCAGGGGGCUGCUGGAAUGGGAGGUGGAGGUGGGGGCCGGGAAAAGCUGGGGGGUGGGAGCCGCCAAGAAGGCCGCGGAGAGGACGGGCGCUGUGUACAUCUCGGCGGAGCAGGGCUUCUGGGGCCUGGAGCUGAGCGAAGGGGAGUACCACGCGCUCUCCGCCCCCAAGACGAAACUUCACCUGCCGGCCCCACUGCGCAGGGUCAAGGUGCAGCUGGACUUCAGCCUGCAGCGACUCUCCUUCUACAACGGCCACACGGCCGAGCACCUGUUCACCUUCAACUACCCCUUCCCCGAGAUGGUCCCCUUCUUCAUGACCUGGGACCAGGACGUCUCCCUCCAGCUCUGCUCCUGACGGAGGGCUCCUUCCCGCCCACGUUCCCUAUCAGCUGCCUGCUCAGUUCCUCUCCUCCAACCCAGGCACAGUGGAUCUGUGGCUGGAGGACAGGCCCCUCUCCCAACCCAAACCCAGGCACCGGGC